AUGACCCAGAUCCCACCAACACCUCUUCUAGUUGCUAGCGUGCCACCGGCACAUAGUACGUACGAGUACAUCACCAGACUUAUGAACUCGGCGCUUCAAGAGCGACAUGUCGACCCAACAUGGCGAUAUAAUGGACAUAUCGUUAGAAACGACGCUUUCAUUUGGGUUACUUUCGCCACUGAGACCAGGCACCGAACGGCAUGGCCCAGGGACUACAGGUUUAGGUCUUGUCAGCCACGUUGUAACCCAACGGAGCCUUCUUAUUCGAUCCACGCCGACUUGGCUCAACUAGCUCGGAGAUGUGGCGCCAACAUUAACGAGCUACACAGCUUUAUGUGUUUCCCUCCUGUCAGAGCGGUAGUGCGCACCCUGUUAAUCGAGCUCGAAAACCCAGAAGCACAAAAUGGCCAACGGCCAGUUGAAGCUGACAUUAUCAAUAGCGUGAACGAGACCAUUGCGAGCACAGUCUCUUCCGAACGGCAGAAAUAUGUCACCCAGAUCACCCCAGCUGGUCCAGAUUUCUCCAACAGGGCUUUAGUCCUGUGCCUGGUCAAGUUGUUCGCUCACUUCGAGUCUUGGGGUUAUUGGCGUUUCGGACCCGGGGGACGCCGACUUAUCCUCGAGACGUUGAUAUCGAUUGUUGGCCUCUUUUGCAAUGCCUGGGCUCAUGCACCAAUGAUUGAUGUUGCUUGGAGCCGUCUUGGCAAGUCUGUACGUCCUACCUCCCCCUUUGUUGAGCAAUUGAACAACGACCAGCCCUCUCCUUCAGGUGUUCUUAUGCCCGAGAUCUGGCUUGAGUGGUCCCUCAUGUUUGACCCUUGGAUCAGACGGGGUGAUUCCAUACAGCUUCUCCGCCCCGACAACCCUGAACCCCCAGUCUUUCUUGCAGAGGUGUCUGAGCCGGAGGCAGACAAUGAAGGUCGCGUGGUCGUAAAAUAUCUUAGCAAGCCCGACGAAGAACGCUGGUCUUUUAAAUCCAUCCUCGACUCCAAGUGGACCGGCAAGAGACCACGGUCGGGCCUGCAGUAUCUUGUAGACUGGGAAUACGCAGAACCCUCGUGGCAGCCGGCCAAAGACCUACAAGGCUGUGAAUCGUGGGUUCUGCAGUUCCAUCGGUUGCACCCUCACAAGGCAGGGCCUGUUUCCAAGUUGAGCCGCUUCCUUUAA